UGGUAGAGCGGAGGACUGUAGUGUGUUUCACAGAUAUCCUUAGGUCGCUGGUUCGAAUCCGGCAGAUCAAAUUUGCAGUCGAUCGAUCAUCCUCCUCGAUGGGAAGCUCGGUGAGGUUGUAUCUGACUUGCAUACGGAACACUCUAGAGGCCGCCAUGUGUUUGCAGAACUUUCCCUGUCAAGAAGUUGAAAGACAUAACAAACCCGAGGUUGAGAUGAAGACCAGCCCGGAACUUCUACUCAAUCCUGUUGUGAUUUGUCGAAAUGAGGCUGAAAAAUGCUUGAUUGAAACAUCUAUUAAUUCACUACGCAUAAGCCUCAAGGUGAAGCAGGCAGAUGAGCUUGAGAACAUUCUAACCAAAAAGUUCCUUAGAUUUUUAUCAAUGAGGGCAGAAGCUUUUCAAGUCUUAAGGAGAAAGCCAGUACAGGGUUAUGAUAUUAGUUUUCUUAUCACUAAUUACCACUGUGAAGAGAUGCAGAAGCAUAAGCUUAUCGACUUCAUUGUGCAAUUCAUGGAAGAUAUCGAUAAAGAGAUAAGUGAACUUAAAUUGUCUAUGAACACACGAGGAAGAUUAGUGGCAACCGAAUUUCUGAAGCAAUUUAUAUGAAAUCCUCCUUCUAGAAAACGUUUCUCAUUCAGGGCCAUUUUUGGGAAAAUUGCGAAAUUCUUCUUUUUUCUGAAAGGCUGGAAAAUGGCAAUUUGAUUAAAAUGACUGGUCAUCAACUAUCAUUGUUAUACAUACAUCAGAUAAAACCUUCUAAUCUUUUACUAUGAAUCAUUACAUAAGAAAGAUUAUUACCAAAAAUAAUCAUGAUCUAUUGGGCUAGCAUUUGGAGUGUAGUUUACAAAAAGUGGCAUCGUUUGCCAACAUUCGGUAACUCUCCUUAGCAUAGUGGUUAUUACAGUAACAAUUUACAAACUGUAUCAGUGUGUGCAUAUACACUAAUAGACAACAUUUUCUGCUCUAGAUCUUGUGCAAGAUAAAAUGACAAAUGACGUUUGCUUGAACAGUUCAAAUCUAUAAACAAUAUUAUACUUUUGUAGUUUCUA